CCGUGUGCGCGCCGCCCGCUGUCGACACUGCAAAUGGGUGUCGGCGUGAACGUGUCUGCUGUGAACGGACAUAAAGCCGGAAUGUAACAUCCACAUCUGCGUGCCAUUCAACCAAGAAACGCAACAGGAGUCGGGUGCUGAUGGGUGACAGCGGUGUGUGAUGGCAGAGCUUGCAGGCAGGACAGAUCAGAGCAGGAUGUCCUCCACACACUGAAAAGCCCGAGGCAAUAUCUUAAAGUCCUUACAGAAUGGAUUACGCCAAUUACACCGAGGGGGCGUAUGCCAACAGCAGCGGUGGUUAUGAUUCACUGGAUACCAUCAAACAGCCUCCCAGUAAGGUCGUGCUCACCGUGACCCUGUCGGUGGUGGCGGGUCUGACAACCUUCUUCAACUGCCUGGUCAUCACAGCCAUCGCCGUGACCCGCAAGCUCCACCAUCCAGCCAAUUACCUGAUCUGCUCAUUAGCCGUCACCGACCUGCUGGUGGCCGUGCUUGUUAUGCCUUUCAGUAUCAUCUACAUCCAAAAGGAGAGCUGGGUCAUGGGGGAGGUGGUGUGCACCAUCUGGCUGAGCGUGGAUGUCACUUGUUGCACGUGCUCGAUCCUUCAUCUGGCGACUAUUGCCAUCGACCGCUACCGGGCCAUCACGGACGCGGUGGAGUACUCGCGGAAACGCACCGGGGCCCGGGCCGGAGUGAUGGUGGCGGUUGUUUGGCUCUUGUCCAUCCUCAUUUCCCUCCCUCCGAUACUGUGGCGCCACUACACUAAAGGGGAGGAGCAGGAGGACCAGUGCAUCAUCAUCCACCAUCACAUAGCCUUUACCCUGUAUGCAACCUUCGGGGCAUUUUACAUUCCCUUGGCACUCAUUCUCAUCCUGUACUAUAAAAUCUACCGGGCUGCUCAAACCCUCUACAUGCGAAGGGAAGCAAGUCGGGCGAGCCGCCACUCGUGCAUGACUAACGGCAGCAUGAUACCCUCUUACCCUGCUGGUGACGGAGAACCCCGCAGUCCAGAUCCCAUUAAUCCCCAGGAGAAGUCUGGGUCCGACCCCUCGACGGAGGAGCCUCCACGAGAGCGGCGGCGCGUCUCAGUCAAGCCCUCGAAGUCCAAGUCGCGUCGGAACGAUUCGCGCAGUGAGUCCAGAAGGAGCCAGUUUUACCAAGGACCAAGGAUCUCGGGCUCCAGAGAGCGCAAGGCAGCAUCCACCUUGGGAUUAAUAAUCGGAGCGUUCGUCAUCUGUUGGCUGCCGUUCUUUGUCAAGGAGUUAAUUGUCAAUACUUGCGGUUCUUGCAAUACUUCCAUGGAGAUGGCUGACUUUCUGACAUGGUUGGGGUACCUCAACUCUCUGAUCAACCCUCUCAUCUAUACAAUAUUCAAUGAGGACUUCAAGAAAGCCUUCCAGAGACUUGUUCGGUGCAGCGGUUACCUCUGACUCAGAACUCGAAAAUAUCCGUGAGGCUGGUCAGAAAAACGUUUUUUACAAAGGCACAUGAAAAAAAAAAGUCAUCAGUAAUAUUGUAUGUAAUUUCCUUUCCAUCAUACAUGAACCACAAUGAAAAGAGUAUUUCUGUACGACCAACACAAAUCCAACUUCAGGGAAGACAAUCGCCCCCUUGUUGUAUAAUCGACGGUGCCACUGCUGUACAGAUUCAUUAGUGGCAGUAAAUAAAAAAGAGCGAAAAUUGAAAAUACUGCAAAAGAUGAAAGUAUUUACACCUUCACCAGGUCAGCCAUGAGCUCCAUGUUGCUAUAAAUAGAAAAGCCUGUGAUCUCCUUGAUGUUAAUUGGUAUGUUUUGGGGUUGGGACGUGCAGGUUUUGAGGGAAAAAAAAGGACAAUUGCUGACCUUUCCGAGUUCCAAGUUUUAGGCAUUAGUGUUCGACCUCAUUUGAAGGCUUUGAAUGAGCCGGAAAUGAUGUCUCUGCCCUCUAAUUACAUUCCUUCUAUCUAGGCUGAGCUUCUGGCUGCAACCUUGAUCCUGUAGUAAAGUGAAUGCAUUACUAAUAAAGAGAAAAUAAGAAACAGGACGCAAAUGAAGUGGCUGUGAGGUUGAAGAUACAACGUGGGAUUUUCUAGUGUCAGUUUUAUUGGAUGAAGCCCACCACUGCCAAGUGAAGCUCUUCCUAGUCCCCAAAGUAUAUGAAGCAUUUAAAUGGCGUCUGAGCUGACAGUUAAAUGUCUUAUGUCUCUGUUGAUGUCUUCAAACACCAAGAUUGUGUUAACUCUGUCGAAGAUUUAAUUCUGAACACCAUUGAGAAAUUGUAUGAUGUUUGAAGAUGUCAUUCCUCUAUCAAAAACCCCCCAACUGAAAUAAACUAUGCCAAAGUGUAUUUGUUUUUGUUAUUCUGGACCCUCUUUAUUUCUUGAGAGAUAUCUGUGUUUUAUAUUUUCAGGGCUUUCUGAUUGUACGUCACGGCAAACAAGUUUAGAGACACAACCAGAUAUUUUUGAGAGAAAACAGAUUGUGUACUGAUAUGUUCUGAUCCUGGACUAA